AUGUCAUCAUUAAUUCCAAAUAAUAUUGAUACAUCAAAUAUUAAUUCAACAUUAGAAAAUAGUACUUCAAAUAAUAAUAAUAAUAAUAAUAAUAAUAAUAGUAAUAGUCCAGAAAGAUAUAAUAAACUUUCAACACCGGAGUUAAAACAACUUUUUGGUCAAAUACUCAAUUUAGAAUAUGAAAAGAUAAAUAAGUCGACUUAUGAUAAAUUAAAACCAGAUCAACAUGUAUCGUGUUUUAAUGAAGAUAUUACAAGCCCACAAUCAAUUUAUUCAAAAAGAUUUUAUAUGGAUAUAAUUUCAGUGAGAAACUAUUUAAUUACAGAUUAUGAUGUUAGAAAUACCAAGAAUAGGUUUUAUUUAAUUAGAAAGAAUGUAGAUAAACAACAAUUAGAUAAAUUAAAUGGUGAGUUGAUAGAGUUACUAGCUUCAAAAAAGAGAAAAAUCAACACAGCUAUAGAGAAUCAAAAAGUGAAAAAAUUAAAGAUUGAUCAACAAUUAAAUAAUGAAAUUCAACAGUUAAAUAAUGAAAAUCAAGAAUUAAUUAAAAAGAUAGAACAAUUAAAACAAGAAGAUGCUCAUUAUCAAAAUACAAUUAUUCAAUUUAAGAAUAAAGAAGAGGAUUUAAAAAAUCAAUAUCAACAAUUACAGAUUCAAUCAGAUAAUCAAUAUCAAGAACUGAAAAAAGAAAUGGACCAAAAGUCUCGUCAACUCGAUCAAUAUAAAGCAACAAUUAGUAGUUUAGAAGCUUGUUUUGAUGAAAAGAAUAAGAAAUUGGAUCAAAUAACAAAAGAAAGAGAUGAAGCAAUUAAAAUGUUUCAAAUUUUAGAAUGUGAUAUCAAAAAGUAUGAAGAUGCUCCUCACAAUUCAAAUAAUCAAAAUAUUGUAAAUCUUGAAGAAUCAUUAAAAGAUGUUAGUAAGGUUGUUAAUGAUUAA